AUGGUUUCUUCACGAUAUCGAACCCACUCGCAGGCCACCACGAGUGCACCCUCCUCUGAUGGGACUACCAUUCCUGCAAGACGUCGUUGGAUCGUGGUCCAGCUUCGUCCUCAUGAGAGAUCGACUUCUGCAGCCAAAUCUCUCCCUCCUCCUCCAGCAGCCGAUCCUCUGGCUUCUCCAGUAGUUUGGUCGCCGCUGGCACCUCUUUUCCUGGGGAUGGAUGAUGAUGUCAUCACCCCCAGUUCCCUUCCCUCCCCCCUUUUGGCCAGCGCUGCCCCAUCUCUCAUGGGGAAUGAUUACUCUCCGGCUUCUCUGGAGAUCAACCUGUACGAAGUAGAUGUGAGGCGUCCCACUGUAGAGGUGACAACCCCGGAGCAUCAGGCGGCGUGGGAGGCUGAGCUGGCUUGCUCCCCCACUCCUCCUCCUACAGCUGACGAGGUCAUCGAUGUGGUCUUGGACAUCGAUUGUCCAAGUACCCCUGUUUAUCAGCUGGAGGUCCAGCCAUUGACCCCUCCUCCUCGCUGGGUAGAUCGUCGGACUCCUCCCCUUCCCCCUCCCAAUCAUCAUCUACCAACAAACGGAGAGAUCGCCGGAUGGUCUGAGAGGUUCUUUGUGGCCGAGCUCAUGGCUCAGAUUGCUGACUGGUACUUACCUUUGGACUGGGAUGUGCCCACUGGCUCCUUGCCUGAGUGUCGUCUACACCAGUUGGUCAUGCUGUGUCUUACUGAGGGUUGCAUGCCCUGGCCCAGUUGGCAGUGCCGAUGGUGUUUCAAUCUGGGUAUUCUUUGUUUUGCUUCUGCCUUCACCAAUCCUUUUGGUGAGCGCAACAGAAUUCCUCGUGCCUGUACCCAUUGCUAUCUAGCUGGCUUGGGGCAUUGCGAGCAUACCAUCCCCACCCACCCGGGCAUGGAGUACCCUGGCGAUGGGACUCCCAGCUUGCAGCAGCGGGGCUCGCAUCAGGCUGAGCGAGCUCACCUGACUGUGGCUGAUGGCAAUGGCCCUGGUCUUUCCUAUGUUGAGCGUCAUGACCAUUUGUUUUCCGAGCGCCAACCCCAUGAGUCCAUGACAGAAUCUGGUGGUCCUCCUGACCCCAUCGACUCAUGGGUGGAGCCUACAAUUGACGAGUGGUGGACUCGUGUGGCCCUUGCCACUCCCUCUGUCCCCUCUGGCUAUGUCGACAUAUAG